UCCGCGCUAAUAAAAAGGAACAGCAGCACACAUCUUCACCAAAUACCCCUCUCUCUCUCUUUCUCUCUCAUCCAUCAAGGAUCUCUCUUUCUCUCUAGCUUCGUAUGGGAGCAUCCGGCCAUGGCGUUAAUAUCCAGAUGCCAGGACCCAAUCCCUAAAAUGCUUUUAAGUGAUAUCGAAAGGAAUUUGCUCUGAAUGUCUCCUUGUGUUUGGACGGUAGAAAAUUGAAAACAUCGUGCCAUGAUUAGUCAGUCCAUGGCGUUACGUCCAAGCCCGCACCCAAAUGCCACAAUAAAAUGAGGCCUCUGCUUCGUUACUACGCAAAGAAGGCUUUCUCUCUUUUAAAAUCUCUUUCCUCUCUCAUCUCUGAAGCCCUCCAUCGUUUUGCAGAGUGCCCGUUUGAAAUGGCGGAGAACCGUAAUUCUUCGCCAUUGGCGCCCCCUUUUGAUCCUAAGAAGCCUGCAACUCCUAUUUCCUUUCCCAUUCCGAAUCUCGAAGACCUCGAAAAUAGGUCUUAUUUUGAGUCGUUUCAUUUCCCCUUCAAUAAGAGCUCUGUUCCUCUGCAAAAAUCCUCUUCUGGUUCAUUGCCCCGAAGGCCAAGGAUACUGGUUUGCCACGACAUGGAUGGUGGUUAUUUGGAUGAUAAGUGGAUCCAAGGUGGCUCCAAUGGCGAUGCUUAUGCUAUAUGGCACUGGCAUUUGAUCGACGUGUUUGUGUAUUUUUCCCAUAAUUUAGUAACUUUGCCACCUCCUUGCUGGACCAAUGCUGCUCAUACCCAUGGAGUCAAGGUAUUGGGGACUUUUAUUACAGAAUGGGAUGAAGGGAGAGCUGUAGCUAAUACUUUGUUAGCUACUCCAGAGUCUUCUAGAAUGUAUGCUGAUCGUUUGGCUGAGAUUGCUGUGGAAUUAGGCUUUGACGGUUGGCUGAUAAAUAUGGAGGUUGCACUGGAUGUAAAGCAAAUACCUAACCUAAAGGAAUUUGUAGACUACUUGACUCGGUCUAUGCACUCUUUGGCUCCUGGAUCUUUGGUGAUAUGGUACGAUAGUGUGACAAAAGAUGGCAUUCUUAGCUGGCAAAAUCAAUUGAAUGAUCUCAACAAGCCAUUCUUUGAUUUGUGUGAUGGCAUAUUCGUAAAUUAUUCAUGGCAGGAGGACUAUCCUAAAAGUUCAGCUGCUGUGGCUGGCAGCCGGAACUUUGAUGUAUACAUGGGAGUUGAUGUUUUUGGGCGAGGUACCUAUGGUGGAGGACAAUGGACGACCAAUGUUGCACUUGAAGUGGCGAAGAAGGAUGCCGUUUCAGCUGCAAUAUUUGCUCCUGGGUGGGUUUAUCAAACAAAACAAGGGCCUGAUUUUGAGACAGCACAAAACCGUUGGUGGGGUCUCAUUGAGAAAUCGUGGGGCAUAUGUCAAAAUUAUCCCAUACAGCUACCUUUUUUCUCAAAUUUUGACCAGGGUCAUGGCCAGCAUUUUUUCAUUGAAGGUCAACCAGUGUUAGCUGAUCCAUGGUGUAACAUUUCUUCCCAAGGUUUCCAGCCUCUUCUUGAAGAUGGUACGGGAAAAAGAAUGCAAGUCUUUGUAAAUUUUAAGGAUCCAGCCUAUAAUGGUGGAGGACACAUUACAAUUGAAGGAAAUCUUGAAAAGAAUAAUACUUUCUUGACAAGGCUCUUCCAUGGUGAGCUCACUUUAUCGGAUCUACCCAUACAUGUUUCGUAUCACGUUAAAACAAAUGGCACAUCAACUUUGUCUAUGGCCCUCCAAUUUUCUUCAACUUUAAAAGGAAGAACCACAUUUCUUCUUACACCGGUUGGAACAAGCAUUCCAAAUGAGAAUUCUAUCGGAGAGGACUUUCUAGGGUUUCCACCUGGAUUCGGCAAAAUCAAGAAAUUACCAAUCACAAAAACCCGAGUUCGAGUCACUGACUGGACUUUGUAUGAAUCAACAUUUAACAUGGAUGGUUACUUGCUAACUGAUAUCCAUGCUGUCUGCCACAAUGGAAACCCUGAUGACGAUUGGAUCAUCAAGGAUCCAAACCCCAGUCUCAGCAACGAAAUAUCAGAGCCUAAUUUAGAAUUACCAAGUUAUUCUGCAUCCCUUGGUCGACUUUCCAUAAAGACAACUGAACAAAAACCUGGGUUUCCCCCUUCUAGUGCUUGGUUAUUCGAGAGUGAGGAUAUUUCUUGGACCAAGACACCUGACGGGAUUAAGACUCUUAGUGUUAAGCUCAUUUGGAGACUCAAAGAAAGGUCGGAUUUAGUGUUCUCGAGAUACAAUAUCUAUGCAGAGAAGUUAGUGAGAGGCAUUGGAGAAGAUCACAUUGGAGUGGGUGUAGCUGGUGCUGAGGAAUAUCUUGGGUUUGCAAGAGUGGAGGCCUUUUAUGUAUCUGAAAUGCCUGUUCCUCAAGGAAUUGGUGCUCUCAAGUUCCUACUUCAAGUGACUGGAAUGGAUGGAGCUUGCCAAGAGGUGGCUGAUGCACCAUCACUUGUGUUGGAAGUUGCAGAAUAGAGAUAACAUUGUGUUUUUUCAGGCUCUAAGCUUUUCUAUGCUCAUGACGUGUCUCUCCAAAUUUGAAAAUGGAGAGGGGACAUUGUCAGUGGGACAAUCAUUUUCUGAAUCAUGGCAUCAGCAUGGCCAAUUAUUUGAAUAAGAUUUAGUUGUGUUUAUCAAACAGUUUUAUUUAAGGGAAAUGUUUAUAUAAGGUUGCAACCUUAAA